AACAGAAAUAUCUGUAGAAUAGAGCUCUGACUUUUACUGUGUAGUGGAGAACAUUAUUUAAUAUCCUACCAUUAAAAGUUGGAUUUCUAUUUCCAAGCAGUGUGAAGAUGUGGACGCUGGGUCUUCAGGUGGUUGUCAUCUGUGUUUUCUUACAGGUGCCGGGCUGUUUUCCGUCGUGCCUCAUCACGGGCACUAUCGCCUCCUGUGACUCCAGGAACCUGCGCAGGGUCCCUACUCUCCCUCCCAACAUCACCCACCUGAACCUGCAGGUGAACCGCAUCAGUGAGAUCGACUCCGCCUCCCUGUCGGGCCUGCAGCAGCUGCAGGAGAUCGACCUCAGAUGGCAGCAGUUUGUGAGACUUGUGAUCAGGAACAACGCCUUCAGCGGGCUGAAGCACCUGAGGAAGCUGAAGCUCGGCUCCAACAGCCUUCAACUGGAGCCGCAGGCCUUUGCCGGACUGUCCGGUUUGCAGCAUCUCUACCUGGACUACAGCUCGCUUUCAGAGUCCAUCCUGACGGAGAACUAUCUGGAGCCGCUGACCUCCUUAGAGACUCUUGACCUCUUUGGUAACACGAUGAAAACCCUCCAGCCUGCAAUGUUCUUUGCAAAGAUGACUAAUUUAAAAUAUCUGAACCUGAAGCUGCACCAAAUCGACAGUAUAUGUGAGUCUGAUCUUGCUGCACUUCAAGGAAAGAACUUCACUUUUCUGAACCUGGACUCUCUUAACCUUAUAGACAUGUCUAGAGGACGUUUCGACUGGAAGAAAUGUGGGAAUCCUUUCAGAGGAAUGUCCUUUCAGACUCUCCACAUGUCCAACAAUGGGUUGAAUGCGGCUGGAAUGAAGCAGUUUCUCGCAGCCAUCAAGGGGACCAAGAUCUCCCAUCUGAAAAUGUCAGGACCCAUGGGCAAAGGGUUUUCGUCCCCAUACCUCGCUGAUCCAGACCGCAGCACGUUUGAAGGCCUGAGUGACAGCUCGGUCCACACUUUGGACCUGUCGCAAAGCAAGAUAUUUGCAUUGCAAGAGGGGUUUUUCAGUGCACUGAAAGAAGUCGAAAUCAUUGACAUUUCCCAAAACAGAGUGAACCAGAUCCACAAAAACGCCUUUGAAGGUCUCGAAGGGCAUUUAAAAGUGCUCAACCUGUCUCACAACCUGCUGGGGGAAGUCCAUUCCGACACGUUUCACUCCCUGACAAACCUGAGGGUGUUAGACUUGUCUUACAAUCACAUUGGCAUUCUGGGUACUUACUCAUUUCAGGGACUCUCCAAUAUAAAAGAGUUACAUCUAGCAGGAAACUCUCUGCGGGAAAUUGGACAUUUCCCUUACUUGCUCCACAGCUUAGAUUAUCUCUCGCUGAAUGACAAUAAAAUGACAACUGUGUAUGGACUCAUACGGUUAGCAGAUAAUAUUACACAUCUGGACAUUCGGGACAACAGAUUACCAGAUCUCUGGGAGGUUUACUCCUAUUUGUCCUACGUGGAUAACCUCAAGCAUCUGCUCUACGGAGGAAACACGAUCGGGUUUUGCAUGCUCAAUGGACGUCCUGCAGAAAUCGAAUCGAACAAUCUCACAGUUCUGGACCUCCACAGCAGCUCCCUGCAGUCCGCCUGGUCCGAGGGGAGGUGCCUGAAUAUCUUCGACAAUCUGGGACACGUGAGAAGUCUCAACUUGAGCUUCAACGCUCUGCGGUCUCUUCCUCAGCGCAUCUUCAAGGGUCUCAGCUCAGUGGAGGAGAUGGACCUCUCGUCCAACAGUUUGACUUAUCUGCAGCCUGAAGUUAUACCUAAAAGUCUCAAAGUUCUCCACCUCUCCAACAACUUCAUCGCCUCCCCCGACCCCGCCGCUUUCAGCUCCCUCAGCUCCCUCGACCUCCACAUGAACCGCUUUCACUGCAAUUCCAACCUGACGAGCUUCCUGAACUGGAUGAAGCAGACCAGCGUGACCUUCCUGAGUCCUGUGAAGGAGCUCAGGUGUGAAUUUCCUUCUGCUCACUAUCAGGUUUCUCUGUUAGAUUUCAGUGAACUGUAGAGAAUAGAAGGGAACAAAUAUGUUUGUCCUAGAAAAUCUAAAGGAAUUAAGAAAUUAAAGUGUCAUGAAAUGUUGAUUUGAGUUUGCCUGAUUAUAUCUAGUACAUAUAAAAUUUGUAAUUUCCAUGAUUUACAUUGUUAUUAAGUGGAAUAAUAAAAUGAAAUAAAUCUGUUAUCUUUGUCUACUGCAACUAUCAAUAAGGACUUUGACUCAGGAAUAUUAAUAUAUAUUUAUAUUUAGUACUUUUGCACCAAUACACUACAGAAAAUUAUUUGUAUGUGAAAACCUACUUGGCAAUAAAAAUUAUUCUGAUUCUUAA